CCCAAAAGCGUUGACCAUCGAAUACAGGGAUUUUCUCUCAGUUGAAUUCGAAGCCAUCCCACCGCUUUCGGAGGUGUUCCGUUUAUCUCUCUACCUCCACCGCUCAAGCAAAUCUUCUUGGUAGAACCUAUUUCAUAGUACAACAAUGGGAGGAGGAUUCAGAGUUUUGCAUCUGGUCAGGCCAUUCCUUGCCUUUCUACCUGAGGUCCAGAGUGCUGACAGGAAGGUACCUUUCAGAGAGAAGGUCAUCUACACUGUGAUCUCUCUUUUCAUUUUCCUCGUCUGCAGUCAGCUUCCUCUGUAUGGAAUUCACUCUACCACGGGUGCGGACCCAUUCUACUGGAUGCGUGUCAUUCUCGCAUCGAACCGUGGGACCGUCAUGGAGCUCGGUAUUACUCCUAUUGUCACCUCUGGACUGGUGAUGCAACUCUUGGCUGGGUCAAAGAUCAUCGAGGUUGACAACAAUGUCCGUGAGGAUCGUGCCCUCUUGAAUGGUGCCCAGAAACUGCUUGGCAUUCUCAUAGCCAUUGGUGAGGCUGUUGCAUAUGUUCUUUCUGGAAUGUAUGGUCCAGUUGGCCAACUCGGUGUUGGAAAUGCCUUCCUCAUCAUCCUUCAGCUUUUCUUCGCCGGAAUCAUUGUUAUCUGCCUUGACGAGCUUCUUCAGAAGGGUUAUGGUCUCGGCUCUGGAAUAUCCCUUUUCAUAGCAACCAAUAUCUGUGAAAGCAUAAUCUGGAAAGCAUUCAGCCCCACGACCAUCAACACUGGGCGUGGAGCCGAGUUUGAGGGAGCUGUUAUCGCAUUGUUCCACAUGCUGAUAACUAAGUCCAACAAGGUUGCUGCCCUUCGUCAGGCUUUCUACCGACAAAACCUUCCAAACGUUACCAACUUGCUCUCGACUGUAUUGGUCUUCCUGAUCGUGAUCUACUUCCAAGGUUUCCGUGUCGUUUUGCCCGUGAGAUCGAAGAAUGCUCGUGGGCAACAGGGUUCUUACCCGAUCAAGCUGUUCUACACGUCCAACAUGCCUAUCAUCCUCCAAUCUGCCCUCGUGUCAAACCUUUACUUCAUCUCUCAGCUUCUCUACAGGAAAUUCGGUGGAAACUUCUUUGUUAACCUGUUGGGAGUGUGGAAAGAAUCCGAGUACAGCGGCCAGUCUAUGCCAGUCGGUGGUCUCGCUUACUACAUUACCGCCCCAGCAAGCUUGUCGGACAUGGCAGCUCAUCCCUUCCAUGCUCUGUUCUACAUCGUCUUCAUGCUCACGGCCUGCGCUCUCUUCUCAAAGACUUGGAUCGAAGUCUCGGGAUCUUCAGCCAGAGACGUAGCUAAGCAACUCAAGGAGCAACAAAUGGUGAUGCCUGGACACAGAGACUCGAACCUGCAGAAAGAGCUGAACCGUUACAUCCCGACGGCGGCUGCAUUCGGGGGAAUGUGUAUCGGAGCGCUGACCGUUCUGGCCGAUUUCAUGGGAGCGAUCGGCUCGGGGACCGGGAUCUUGCUGGCCGUGACCAUCAUCUACCAGUACUUCGAGACGUUCGAGAAGGAGAAAGCCAGUGAACUCGGCUUCUUCGGGUUCUAGGGUGGAUUUUUUUUUUUUUUUGGAGGGGUUUUAUUAGAAGCUCUUUUUUUUUCGAAUUUAUUUGGUGAGACAAAAAAAAAGAGGGUUAUGCUACACUUAUAGACAGAUUUAUUUUAUAUGUAUUGGUAGGAAUCACUCUUGAAGCAAUAAAGUUUUAUAUAAAUCCUAUAUAUA